AUGGCUGAAGCGAAUUCACAAGCUGUCGCCGAGUUGACUGGCAUCUCGGGCUGCACAGAUGAUGUGGCCCGCAGAUGGUUGAAGAUCAAAAACAACGACGCGGAUGCUGCCAUGAAUGCCAUCUUCGAUGGUGAAGACCUUGAUAAAGCCGAGUCGACCGUAACCUGGAGCGAGACUGAUUUCAGCGCUGGCCGUGACGGGACCACGGCAUUCGGUCCUCAAAACUACUCAUACAAUGAGCAGAACCUACGUCCACUUGGGCAUAGCGCGGCCCCGACAAGAGGCAACUCGCCCGCGCCAUCUCUCAGACAGCCUUCCAACAAAGAUGAUGAAGACGCUGAUAUGCAAAGGGCUAUUGCUGCUUCUCAACAAGGCUCAACCGGUGUCACGUUGCCAAAUGCCAACUUCCAGCCCGCGAUGGGCGACCACUACGACCCUUCGAAAUGGUCGAUGACUACCGUAAAUGUGGAUUCCCAACAGGCCAGCGAAAUCAUACCGGAUCUUGAGCCUCACGAGCGUAAGAACGAGCCUGGCGAACCACGAUUUCUGAAACAACUACCUUCCGGCGAUUAUCUGCCAAAUCUACUUACCAUUGCGCAUUACAUUCCAAUGGCACGGAAAGCUCUGUUGGCGCCACACAAGACUUACUCUUCCUAUGGAACGGAUCCUGAAUGGUGGAAGGGUCACGGUAUCAGCUUGCCCAAAAUUGUCAGUACUGUCAGCGGCGCACCCUUGGAGCCAGCCACCACCAACCAGGAUGAGAUUCUUGCAGAGAUGCAGCGUCUGAUGGCUUUGCUGGACGAGAGCGAAAGAUCUUACGGUAGUGCAGACACGCUUGUUCGUCUUGCCGGGACUGAUAGUGGAUGCAUUCUGGACAGAGUGCUCAGGACUUGGGAACAGGCCUCGCUGGAUUCUAUGGAAGAAUACUUCAACGACGAUAAGUUCUUCGUCUUCCACUCGAUAGUCGGCACCACAGAUCCUCAGGGAAUGGCCACUACGGAUCUGUUCUCUCUACCGCUAUUCGUCAAAUCUGGCCCUGAUGCGCCAAGUACCGAACUAGCCUCGAUUAUGGACGACGCUCUGUGGGAUACUGGAGACGAAGCAGCUUCCUAUGACAACUAUAUCGAUCACUGCGCACAAGUCUUGCCAAUUCGUCUAACACAGAACGAUACAUCAAAAGACACACUAAAUGUCAUCAUCCCUCCGAUACUCUACGUCGACAAAUAUCUUAAGGAGAAUGCAGACGCGACAAGAGAAGUCCGAAAACAGAUGGCACAGAGCAAGAAGAAGAUUGACAAGAUCGAGAUGGCCCAGUUCAGGCUGAAGAAUUACAGACAUUCACAGAAAGGAAACCUGAGUUCGAGUCAACUUAUGAAACACGCGCGAGGCUACUUCUCAGGUGCCACUAGGAGAAAUAUGAUUGAAGAAAGAGAAGGUGCUGGCGCUGGUGGGGAUACCGACAUUCCUCCUCCACUGGAGCACCAUGGUGCAAUCGCCGAACAGCUGGAAGCAGUCUGCAAAGACGUUGAUGCAAAACUCGAAGCUCUGGAACAAGAAAGAGAAAAGGCCCGUAAGGCUCUGGCACAACUGUCACAAGAGACCGGACUGGCACAAGAGAACCUCAAACACAGAUACACGCUCAGAGGUGUCUCCACAAAGUCGCACGUAACCUAUCUUCUACAGCCUCGUGAUCCUCUCGACGGCUCCUUAGUCGAUGACGAAGAUGCACCCGAGGGUAUGCAAUGGUGGCGUAUCGAGUAUGACGUCCAUACGAACGGGGCCAAGGUCAUCAAGACAAAAUCUGCACAAGACGAUGUUAUCCGCGCGGUGGAACUCGAACACAACCAAGCUCUUCUCGUCUACGCCAGCGAUCACGCCAUCUCGGACGAACACGAUGUUGAACUCACCACAGCUCUCGAGGAGUUCAUUCACCAUGACGAUGAAAGCUUCGAGGCCGAACUGCAGAUGAAUGGCUUUGGUCACGGGAAUGUAUACCCUGCAUACGAGGGAGUUUCACAACGCCGUGGCUCAGGAGACAGUACUGCUGCAAACUUCGGCAAUGACGAUGCUCCGCCUAGUUACGAACCACCUCCUUACGACGCAGGUAUCGAAUACGGCCGCAUCCCGAAUAACAUGCAGGACAGCAAAGAUGCAGUCAUGGAUGGAACACACAGCCCUCCCGCCCACGAGAUUCGCCUUGAGCAGGAAGACAUUCAACACACAGAAGCAAACAAGGGAGGAGUCGAGAUGAUUGAGAAGGCGCAUGAAGAGCCCUCAUUAUACAGGUUCGGUAGCGACGGCUCCAAGAUGACCAAAAAAGUCGGUGACGAUGCAAUGGCGGGUAUCAAGGUCCAAAAUGAAGAAGUCGACCUGAUCGAUUUCAAGGAUUAG